AUAAUGAAUUGAGUGCAUCAGGUAUCUUGUCAAAUGAAAAGGAAACUGAUAAUAAUGAUACUGAUGGUAUUGAGGAAGAGUUUCAAGAGGAGGAAGAAGACAGUGAUGGUAAUGAUCUUGAAGAAAUAACAAUACAGAUUAUUGUUAAAAGUAAAGAUAUAAAAGUACUUACGGCAAAAACUCUGGCUAUUACACCUGUUGAUUAUGAGAAUAUUAUGGAAAAAAUAAACUCAGAAGUCUGA